CGCCCGUGGCAUUCUUAUUAGCCACAGCAAAUGAUGUGAUUACGACCAUUCCGCUCUUUGCACUCGUACCUUGCAGAAGAAUUCAACAGCUUCAUUUCACCUCUAUUGCCUCGAAAGAUGAGCUGCUGAUGCGAACAUGCUUUCAUCUUUAAUUGCAACCCUCGUGAGAACGCGGCGUCAGGUAUAUCGCUAUCUACGCGAAACUGCAGAACACAGGAGCCACAUUAUUCGAGAAGUUGUGCAGAAGAAUGGCGCCCUCGGAUUCAUAUGUUUUGGUGGACCGCCUGUUCAUUUCCAGAUCUUUCACCAGCGAUUUGUCGAAAAGUAUCAGUGGCUCGAUGAGCCUAUGUUCCAAGAAUUGUUUGCGGUAACACAAGCCCUCUCGGGACCUGGAAGCACAAAAAUGCUGUAUUGCAUCAACCUCAAUCGGAAUGGCUUCUGGAGUGCUUUGGCAGCCUUUUUAUUGUGGUCAAUCCCCGGGGCUCUCGGCAUGUAUGUAUUGUCGCUCGGUAUGUCCAAUGUUGGUGACAACCUUCCUGCACCAGCCUAUGCUCUUCUUUCAGGGCUCAAUGCUGCGACCGUGGGAGUGAUUGCUCUUGCUGCGGUACAAUUGUCCCAGAAGACUAUAACAGACAAAGUUAGCCGAAUAUUGGUCUUUCUCGGGGCAACUGCUGGGAUGUUAUACAAUGCAUUAUGGUUCUUCCCGGUUCUCAUCUUCCUGGCCGGGCCUGUGACAAUCGUCUGGGACCUUAGAAUACUCCAUUCCAUCUUCUCUCGAGCUCAAAGUCUUUUCCUCCGCGCAAGGCAUACAGAAGGUCGAGACCUAGAGAUGACGAGUACAGGAACAAAUAAUACCGAGGGUGUAUCAGCUCGAGACACUUCCAUAGGACCAGAAACGCCACAGAUCGACAGUGCGAAUUCCAAUAUCGAGCCCACCGUCUCAAUCUCCAACGGCUCACGAGAGAGAUCAACUGCAAGAGCCAUCCCUAGAGAUAGAGAGCUGAAGGUAUCCUGGCGAUUCGGUAUCAUUCUCAUAGUGGCAUUCCUAGCUACUUUCUUUGCCGUCAUGAUCUUACGAGGUGUCAUCCAGCAACGGCCAUUGUUGUUCAGCUUGUUUUCCAACUUGUAUCUUGCAGGCACAAUCAUCUUUGGCGGCGGACCAGUGGUAAUUCCACUACUCAGACAGUAUAUCGUGACGGAGGGCUGGGUAUCCCCUCGCGAUUUUCUCUUGGGACUGGCCAUCGUACAAGCAUUCCCAGGGCCGAAUUUUAAUUUUGCGGUCUACCUUGGCUCACUAGCCGCCAUCAAUGCUUCACUCCCCAGCAUAUCAGGCGCUCUGAUCAGUUACGUCGGUAUAUUCGCGCCGGGUCUGAUCCUCGUUCAUGGAACAAUGGGACUUUGGAGCGCGCUUCGUACUCGACGCUGGUUCAAGGCUGGUCUACGUGGGAUUAACGCUGCAGCUGUGGGCUUGAUCUACACUGCCAUUUACCGUCUCUGGGAGAUUGGCUAUAUUGAUGAGAACUUCACGAGUGGCUCGAGUCUGGGCCGUGAUCCUUGGUGGGUCGUAAUAACAGCAACAAGUUACGUUGGCGGGUGCUGGUUUGGACUCCCCGUUUCUCUUGCUAUUUUACUCGGCGGUGUCAUGGGGCUCGUCAGAUAUGGGGUUACGGCGACGUGAUCGCCUGAAGCAUGGAUGAUAUGAUAUAUUGCCGCCGUUUUGUUAUGCCUCCCACUUCCUGCCACGUUCUGCGGCAAGUACUUCUUUAAUAUGGCUCAGGUCUGCAUCUGGUCUGGGACUUGGAUCAUAUUUCCCAGCUUGUUUGUCCCAGCCUUCUUCAACAACCCUUUCUUCAGCUAUUGUCUUCAGCACGCAAGUUCCACCGCUAUACUCUUUACUUUCCACCAUUUUCAGCAUCAUGUCAGCAAUGGUUUUCGGCGGCAUCAAUUUCCGCUCCGAAUUCUUGGUCAAUUUCAUGACCUCGUCGUCUCGGUCCUCCCACAACGGACUCUUAACUGUCCCAGGUAGCACACAGACGAUUCUGACGCCAAACUCUGGGUCUGCCUGACCCAAUGAUUUGGCCAGACCCACCACUGCAUGUUUUGUUGUGGAAUAGAGUGGUGCGAAGAAAUUCCCUCUGAUACCUGCAGUGGAGGCCACAUGACAGACCACUCCCUUCUUGUUGGCAGAUGCUAAGGCUUGCAUCGCAAGGCGAGUGAGUUUGACCGGAUGUUGGAUAUUGAUAGC